AUCAUUCCUGUCGCGGCUGCGCCAGCCCGUGACCGCGCAAACGUGAGUCCGCUCUCCGGUGCUUUCCUCCUCCUCGAGUUUCCUCGCCGGCCAGAUCACGCGCGCCGCAACCAGCGCACACCUGCCUCCUUCCGUGUCCGCCGGCGUCGCCCGGCUUUUCCCGCCGGUUUUUCCAGGAGGCCCUAAACUGUGCGAUCGUGCCCCGGUGUUUUCCCGCAGUGCUGCGAAGUUUCUUCCUCGCCCCGUCGACCGUCCGGCGACCGGUCAGUCAGUCGUUCGUCGAUCGGUGAACGAACGAGAGGACUCGAGGACGAUACACCUCGGCUCGUGUUUCUCUUUGGUUUUGCUGGCGGUCUCGGAAGGACGCGCGGUGCUCGCGCGGAUCGAUCGAGUUUUUCCGGCGCGUCCGUGUCUGUCGGGAAAUGUGUGCCACGUGUGGUGAGCCCGCGAGUCCACCUGCUGCUCCUACCGAAUGGGAUUAGAUGCACGACGGAUGGCCUGAGCCUCGGAGCGGAUCAUCUUCAUGGAUCGUUCACGAAAACCGUGGAACGGCUGGCUGUCGCGGGGCAACGCGGAACAACAUGCGCGGCGCCGGGACCCAGCGCCGCGACGCCUCGCCGUCAACAACUUUCGAUCGAUUCUAGCUUUGACAAUGCUCACCGCGGCCACCGUAUCCAGUACCCACGUGCCCGACAAGUAUCCCAUCGAGGUGUACCAUAUGCUGCGGGAGAAGUCCCAGUUCGGUCUUGGUCGAGAUAACCGCGUCAGGGGAACCUGGGGACCAUGGACACCUUGGAGCGACUGUUCCAGGACCUGUGGCACCGGCAUCCAAUCGCAGUCCCGCGAAUGCGUGCCCUAUCAGAGGCUGCUGAGGAAGAGGAGCGUCAUCUCGGGGAACCGGACGAGCACCUCGCGGCCUAUUUGCAUCGGCACGUACAAGCGGUACCACACGUGCAACACGCAGAAAUGCCCGAACUUCCCGGAGGAUUUGCGGGCGGAACAAUGUGCCAAGUACAACGGAAGAAACUACAAGGGCGAGAGCUACGAUUGGGUUCCGUUCCUGGACGCGCCGAACUCUUGCGCGCUCAAUUGCCGUGCCGUCGGCGAGCGUUUUUACGCAACGCUUGAACCGGCAGUAAUGGACGGCACACCCUGCGACGCUCCGAAUCUUCGUGGACAUAAUGCGGGAAUUUCUAUGGAGCGCACCGACCGGUGGCUCUGUGUCGCCGGACAAUGCAAGCCUGUAGGCUGCGACGGUGUGGUAGGGUCCGGAGUGACGACGGACGCUUGUGGUGUCUGCGGUGGUCAGGGUAAAGGUUGUCGGCUGUACGAGGGUAUUUUUAUGGAACCAAUCCUGCCCAGGGGUCAUCAACCCGUGACCACCAUACCGAAGGGAGCCAUGUCUCUCAACAUCUCCGAACUUCGGUUCAGUAGCAAUUUCUUGGCGUUGAGAGACAGCAACGGUAGUUACAUCCUGAAUGGGCCGUUGGCUUACAGUCCGAGCGGCACUUAUAAAGCGGCUGGCACGACAUUAACAUACCAGAGGGGUGACAGAAGCCGCGUGGAGUGCAUCUUGGCAACCGGGCCGCUGAACGAUUCUUUGCAGUUAGAGAUCCUGGCGCAGGAAAUGAACCCCGGAGUGCUUUACAAGUACAUGUUGCCGUUAAAGGAGACGCCGAACGGGAGGCCGCUGAUAGCGCCGCCCCUCAUCGCGACAGGAUCGAUCGAUCGUGGCAACGAAAUACCUGAUUCGGAUGCUAGCGUCGUUUCGACGGUACCCGCGACCAGAAUAUCCAAUCAGAGAGUCGAUUUAUCAACGACAAAUCACGAGCAGAGCCGACCGCGGCCGCGCGACAAACCACGGAAGGAAGAGAUGAAGCGUCAGCCGACCACCGUGAUGGCCGGCGAUCAACCAAAGUCGAAGGCCAAAAAGAAGAAGCGAUUGAAGUUCGCUUGGAAGGUGUUUGGGCUGACCCCUUGUUCCAAGGAAUGCGGCGGAGGGAUCCAAAGCGCGAUCUUAAAGUGCGUUCGCGAGGCGAACCAGAUGAUCGUGAACGAGAGACGGUGCCGCAACGUGGGAAAGCCGCAGCAGCCGCCCCCGUUGCGUUGCAACGACCACCCCUGCCUCGCCAGAUGGAGGGCGGAACCGUGGAGCGAGUGCUCGGUCAGCUGCGGCGCCGGUACCAGGACACGAAAAUUGGAGUGUGUGCAGGAACUGAACGCGAACCUGACAAUGCGAGUGGCCGCCGGUGCGUGCGUCCAACCGCCGGACCUGAGAACCGUGGAGACCUGUACGAAACCAGCCUGCACGCUCGGCCCGGAAUUGAGGCACAUGCACUCCCAGCACGACACACCCAGAUGGGACGCCGGCGCAUGGGGCCCGUGCUCGACGACUUGCGGGCCGGGAGUGCGGAACCGAACGGUCACGUGCAUCACUUCGGGCAAGUCCUGUCCGUCGUUCACCAAGCCCGAAUCCGAGAAGGUCUGCGAGUCCGCGCCGUGUCCGCGCAACGGCGCUGAGCAACGGGCUCCUUGGUUGCACUCGGACUGGUCGUCCAAGUGCUCCGCGGAGUGUGGCAGAGGAGUAGAGACGAGGCAAGUGGCGUGCGCCGAUGGCAGCGAGCUGUUUUGCAAUCCCAAAGAGAGACCGGAAACGGAGCGGCAGUGCUUCGGCCGAGAAGCGAGCUGCGAUAGCGCCAAGUGGUUCGCCGGCCCGUGGACAUUCUGUUCGGUGUCGUGCGGAGUGGGUGUCCAGUACCGGGACGUCCUUUGCGCCGCGAGGACGAGCAACGAGUUCGUCGUGUUGCCGGCGAACAACUGCAGCGAGUCGAGGCCGGCGAACGAGCAAGUGUGCAGGUCGUCCCCGUGCCCGUCGGAAUGGUUCACCUCGGACUGGUCGAAGUGUUCGGCGACGUGCGGGACCGGCGUGCAGACCAGACUGGUUCGUUGCAUCCUCGAGGGUGUCGCCGCCGCGAAUUGCAUAGAGGCCGACAGACCGGCGGACAGACAGCAAUGCAACUCGGAUCCUUGUAAGAAGGAUCCCCCCGCGCCGAGCAAACCACCGAAAAAAGCCUACGAGACGGCCCAGUGCAACGACAAACACCCGAACUGCAACCUCGUAGUGAAGAAUGGCCUCUGUCGGAUCAAGUACUACAAGUAUUCUUGCUGCCGUUGCCGCGAUUAAUCACCGAGAUCGCCACCGUUUCAGGCAGGUCCAUCCCUCCACGGUUUCCGCAGCCGUUUCAUCGCGGUUCCGCAUCAGCCUCGUAGACGCACGUCCCUUUUAGCAAAUGUAACAACGCGAUCGUCGACUGGAACGGAGGAAGCCGAGCACCCAAGACUGCUGCGAAGCGACACGAUCGUAUUAUGUAUAAUUUUUAUUUAACACGAACCCCACCUAUCUAAUCCCGCGUAGCUUGAUCGCAUUGAUCGGUCCUGCUCGAUCGGCGGACCCGCGAGGGAUCGUUCGAUUCCCGUCGAAACGUUCGCGGCCGGGGAAACGGGACGCGCGUUCGGUCGGACGAAGCAAUUCGCGAGUCCAGAUGUGAUCGACUAGUCGUCUCGAGUGUCCGUUUAGAGGAAACGAAUCGAUGUCCGAGGUAUUUACACGAGAGAGCAUGUACACCCGAAUACGCCAAUCGCGACUCGCAUUGCGCGGCUUGCGUUACGCGUAGACAGAAAGAAAUCGUCUAAAGAGGACGCUGAUAUAACUGAUUAGAGUAGAUGCAAAUUCUCAAAUGCAUUUUCAACUGUGACGUGCUAUCGACACGGUUACACGGUAAUCAGUCAGUACCAUAAACAGAAUGCACAACUAAAGACUCCUCGUGUCCUGAGUGCCGGUUCUCUAUCAGCGCAUAGUAUGCACGCGUAUCGCCCCGCGCGUCGAUACGUCUGUGUCCAUUCUCUGCGAUCGCGUGGACAGCUGGCAGGGGCGUAAUUUUGCCGGCGGAUCGCUCGCCUCGACCUUGCUCCCCUGUUCCAAUUCCAAUGAAUCGACGCAGCUGAGAACGAGUACACGGGUCGACCUUACGGCCCCGAAGCGGAGAAUGGUCUGAUGGUCAAUAAAGAUGUCGGAAGUGGAAAGUUCCUGCCCAAUUUUUUCCAAACUCCUGCGAUACCGUGGAUUCAGUGGUCCCGGUGACCUCGCGAUAAACAUGUCUCGGUCCGCCGCGAGUAGCCGGGGAUUAUCAUUGUUACGCCCCUGGAUAAGUUGCGAUCCAUUUGCAUGCACGUUCCACGCGAAAACCUGUACUCCCGUGUACCUACAUACAUAUGUUGCAUAUGUACGCGAACGAGCCCGUGACGGGACGAGCGGAGAGUUUGCUAGCGAUGGGUCUGAUCCGAGCGGUGAUCGCGAUUGAACAAAUUCAAACUCGAUUGCCGUGGAACUCGUUUUAUCUCAACUCGUGGAGCUGAUUCUAGUAACUAGGUCGUUCUACUUUCAAUUACUGUUUCUUAGAACGGGAGCUGGUAUUCGAAUAAUUUAAUUCCUUUCGAAACACAUGUUGUAUAUCGCAUCUUCGUGCAUUCUAUACCGAACAGUUUAUUGUUAUCCGUAGUCGAUAACCUCAGUUUAGAAUUAUUUCGUAUGUUAUCAUCAAACGCAGAGUCUCUGCAAUGCGUAAAAGUUUGCAACGUAAAAGUAUCCGUGCCUCGAAUAGAUAGACGAACGUUCGAAGUAAAGGAGAAACAAAGGAUUUUGAGAAACGCUUGAUUCUACGCGGAUCACAAUCGACACGAAUUCGUCCCAUCGCUAGCCCGGACGCGCGAAACGGGACGGGCUCGAGCGGAACGAGCGAGCACGCAGUCUGGAGUCUCAGCGAAAAGAAAAAGUAAAACACAUCGAUCGAUACGGCUGCAUGUGCUCUCGGUGUACAUUCGAUAGGUAGACCGUAUUAGUUGCAAAACGUUAUUUAUCGUCCGUUCGCCUGUAUCGACGGGGCGGACGAUGGAUGCGAGCCGCGGGCAAUUUCCGUUAUCGAGCAUUUAAUUAACAUAUCGAGUUGAACAGAUCCGGCGAUUUUGAUUUACGAGCCCGUCUUAUUAACGACAUCAUCCGCGUCGCGGAUCGUACACACAAGAAACAUCGCGACUGACGUAUUUUUGUUAAGUCGGAGAAAGAAUCCUUGAAAAAAACUGCGGCUCAAUUAAAUUAUUCGAAGAAAGAGGAGCAAAGAGAGAGAGAACCGAUCGAGCCGUUCGCGUAUCCGUCGUUUCCACGUGGUCGACGUCGACCGAUCUGCCCAUUGUUAAUCAGCGAGGAUAGCGAGUAGCGAUAACGAUAAUUAUAGUAAUGGUGUCGAAUCAAAUAUACGCUUGUCUGUGUAGAAAGUAUAAAGAAGAGAUCACUGGUAAACCGUAAACGUAACGCAUAGAGAAUGAACUUCUCCAACGUCCAGCAGAAGUCGCGACGAGGUCCUCGAACGUUUGUCGAUUAGCGUCGUCGAUCGUGCGCCAGGUAACUUAGAAUGUAACACGAACGCCGAUUAACAUUUAAGUAGAGUACCAUGUCCUAACAGCUAGAACGGUAACCUCGUCAAAAUUGCGCGGGCAAUCAAUCCUCAGUGUCAAUUAAAACGCAAUUCCGGUUUGCCUUCUCGAUGGCCAAGGAAGUUUAUCACGAGCACCGCGUGCCCCGUGCAGAAAUCCACUUUGUGUCCCUCGAGAAGCUGUUUCCGAUUUCUGUUUCACGAUUACCAUCCGUUCGUUUCAAUAAACUUUCCGUUCUCCUUCUAUCGUUUACUUUACUUUACACGGACGCGUUUUCCGUCAGGUAAGUGUCCAUUUUUUCAUUAUUUUUAGUGGAUGCAACCAACGAUCCUUUCCGUUAACCGUAGUGUUUACGUUCUGUUCCUCGAUUCGUUACGAUUCAAUUUCUUAAUUAGCGUCCGUUGUUAGAUUCGAUUGUUCUCCCGUAGUUCAUGAUUUUCCGUUCACCGUAAACGAUUCGUCGCUCGAGAAGGUACACACACACACACACACGCAUACACACGUUCAAUCGAAGAUCCUUGAGAUGUCCUCUACGCCUCCACUGUUUCUCCUAGCGAGAUUCUAAUGAUCUUCCCGAUAUUCCGUUCCCUCAAAUGGCGCGUCCGUAAAUGGCGCGUCUCGUACGCUGCACGUAAUCCGAAGUGUUCCUCCAGCCUAGGACCAUUACCGAUUUAUCGAUCGAACGGAUCUAAUUACACGGCCAAACGCGACCGACCGCUUCCACGCCGAUUAGGGGAAAGGGGUCGCUCAACCCAAACAUCGGCGUUCACCGGUGAACGUUUGUACUUACAACUGUACUAUGUAUCGGCAAUUAUUCGAGUAUUAAUAUUUAUGGCUGUGACAUACACCAUGAAUCGUAAAUGUACCUAUACGUGUCCCGGCGAAGGGCGUCUCCCUCCGCGCCGCUCCCCCCUUGCCGCCAUGAAAAUGUGUUAUUUAAAUGACCGGCGAGUGCUGGCCCGUGUCCCACGGUUAAGAAAGUAGCGAUCGGAUAACACUGGAAAGGGCUGGAAGUGUUUCACGAUCGGAGGCCUCUCGCGCAGCGAAAUAUAGACUCAUAAUUGCGACGCACGGUUUUAUGCAAAUUCGCCUGUCUCUAGACAAACCUGAAACGACGUGGCUUAACGUGUUCUUACCACUAACAAGGAUACUAUGUAAAUAUUGUUGAUCUCGACUAAGUUCACUCGCUUGAUUCGCUUAUAAUUGGAUUGCACGUUUUAUCCAAUUUACGUGUAAUAGAAUAACUUCCAAUGACAGUUGACGAAAGUUUUCUUUAACUCGAACUCUAACAAGACCCCCCACAAAGGGAAUAACUUUCCAGCGAAGCCGCGUUGUAAAUUAGCUUCAGGGAAAUGUACGUUCGCAGAAACAUCCGCAGCCGGCACGCAACAUUAGCGAAUUUAUGUCGUGAUUCAUUAUGAAUUUGUAUUUUAAUGAGCGGGAUGCCUCGGGACAUGUAUUUCAAAGAGAAACACGAGCAACCUCCGUGUUUCACGAUGUACAUAUUUACACGGGCAUCCGUCCGCCACUUAGGUCUGUCCCCCUCGCAGAUCAAGUUCGCUUCCGGUAUCGGAAUCCGUAGACAAGUAGCCAACACAUUUCAACUAUUCUCGCACCGCAACCCCACGCUUCCCUCUCACUUUUACCGAUCAUUUCGAAUGACGUAUAUUUUCUUACGCCGACCUCACGAGCGCACUUCCUACGCCCGAAGGUGAACACUUAGCGAUGUUCCACCGCGUAUCAUCCACCCGACACACAAUUCGCGUUUAGCCUGUCGCCUUUAUGUGAAUAAAAGUCUGUCUAUCGUAUUAUCAUAUUCGCUCGGGAAUGUAUCACGUUCCGCCGGCGAAUGUGACCUCGUCAAAGACUGUGAUACAAUCGUAGUCUCUUGCAGGAGUGAAGUACAACGAACAGUAAUUAACGAUGAUGUCUCGAUGCAAGAGCCCGUGCCACUCUGAGCACGGUACUCGAUCGCAGACGCGUAUAAUUUAGGAUAAUUAAAGAAACUGCGCGGAACGAGAGCGGGGUUCCACGAAGCUGAACUCGUUUAUUGUACAAUUGUUUCGCGAGAGGCAGUUUCGCGUAUGAACUUCUCGUUCCAAGCGUUCCCGGCGUGUCUCUAGAUCUAACGAUGUGUAAAGUAACACUGGAGAGUACAGACUGACGGAA